AUGGAUGGAUGGAUGGAUGGAUGGAUCUAUCUAUCUAUCUAUCUAUCUAUCUAUCUAUCUAUCUAUCUAUCUAUCACUGUCAAGUCAUUAUCUAUGUAUGUAUCACAGUCAAGUCAUAUAUCUCUCUCUCUCUAUCUAUCUAUCACUCUCAAGUCAUUAUCUAUGUAUGUAUCGCAGUCGUCAUAUCUAUCUAUCUAUCUAUCUAUCUAUCUAUCUAUCUAUCUGUCACUGUCAAGUCAUUAUCUAUGUAUUUAUCACAGUCAUUUCAUAUCUCUCUCUCUCUCUCUCUCUAUCUAUCUAUCACUCUCAAGUCAUUAUCUAUGUAUGUAUCGCAGUCGUCAUAUCUAUCUAUCUAUCUAUCUAUCUAUCUGUUACUGUCAAGUCAUUAUCUAUGUAUGUAUCGCAGUCGUCAUAUCUAUCUAUCUAUCUAUCUAUCUAUCUAUCUAUCUAUCUAUCUAUCUAUCUAUUGAGUAA